GCGUUCUCCGUAGCUUCCCUCUUCUCUCCCCGCCCCUGGGCCUCCGCGCUGACGCUGUCCGGGCGGGAGCCGAGCCGGAGUCGGAGUCGAAGCCGGAGCAGCAGAGACGUGGAAACAUGGAGGCCUGAGCCGGUGUGCGCCAACCCGGCUGCGGCGGCGACCGCGGCUUGUUCUGUCCCCUCUGCCACCCGUUCGUCCGUCCGUGAGCUGGAAGCGGAUCUCCCCGCCGGCUGAGACAGGUUGUCUUGUGGAAAUGAAGGUUUAAGGACAAGUUAUCUACCAGAUUAAAAAAUGGGAUCGAAUAGCAGCAGAAUUGGUGAUCUUCCUAAAAAUGAGUACUUAAAAAAGUUAUCAGGCACAGAAUCUGUCUCUGAGAAUGACCCGUUCUGGAAUCAGCUACUGUCAUUUUCUUUCCCUGCACCAACUAGCAGUACUGAGUUGAAGCUCUUGGAGGAGGCAACCAUUUCAGUCUGCAGGUCUUUAGUUGAAAACAAUCCUCGAACAGGAAACCUUGGUGCACUAAUUAAGGUCUUCCUGUCUAGAACCAAAGAACUAAAACUUUCAGCAGAAUGUCAGAACCACAUCUUCAUUUGGCAGACACACAAUGCUUUGUUUAUUAUUUGCUGUUUGCUGAAAGUGUUCAUUUAUGAGAUGUCAGAGGAAGAGUUACAACUUCAUUUUACUUAUGAAGAAAAAUCUCCUGGCAGUUACAGUUCUGACUCAGAAGAUCUUUUGGAAGAAUUGCUGUGCUGUUUGAUGCAGUUAAUCACUGAUAUUCCACUCUUAGAUAUUACAUAUGAAAUAUCAGUAGAAGCUGUGUCAACAAUGGUGGUCUUCCUUUCCUGCCAACUCUUCCACAAGGAAGUUUUGCGACAGAGCAUCAGUCACAAGUAUUUGAUGCGAGGUCGAUGCCUCCCAUAUACCAGCAAACUUGUAAAGACCUUGUUGUAUAACUUCAUCAGGCAAGAAAAGCCGCCUCCUCCAGGAGCACACGUUUUCCCUCAGCAGUCAGAUGCGGGAGGGCUGCUGUAUGGACUGGCAUCAGGAGUAGCAACUGGACUCUGGACUGUUUUCACACUGGGCGGUGUGGGCAGCAAAGCGGCUGCUGCUCCAGAAGUUUCUUCCCCUCUGGCCAACCAGAGUCUCCUGCUUCUGCUGGUUCUGGCCAACCUGACAGAUGCUGCAGAUGCACCAAACCCCUACAGACAGGCCAUCAUGUCCUUUAAGAAUACACAAGAUAGCAGUCCUUUCCCCUCGUCAAUUCCACAUGCUUUCCAGAUUAACUUUAACAGUUUGUAUAUGGCCCUAUGUGAACAGCAGACAUCUGAUCAAGCAACUCUCCUUUUGUAUACAUUGCUCCAUCAGAAUAGUAAUAUUAGAACAUACAUGUUGGCUCGCACAGAUAUGGAAAAUCUUGUUUUACCAAUUCUCGAGAUUCUGUAUCAUGUGGAAGAAAGAAAUUCACACCAUGUCUAUAUGGCCCUUAUAGUAUUGUUGAUCCUUACAGAAGAUGAUGGCUUCAAUAGAUCCAUUCACGAAGUGAUGUUAAAAAAUAUUACUUGGUAUUCAGAACGGGUUUUAACUGAAAUUUCACUGGGGAGUCUCCUGAUACUGGUUGUAAUAAGAACUAUUCAGUACAACAUGACAAGGACAAGAGACAAGUACCUUCACACAAAUUGUUUGGCAGCUUUAGCAAAUAUGUCGGCACAGUUUCGUUCUCUCCAUCAAUAUGCUGCCCAGAGGAUCAUCAGCUUGUUUUCCUUGCUGUCUAAAAAACACAACAAAGUUCUGGAACAAGCCACACAGUCCUUGAGAGGUUCGCUGAGUUCCAGUGAUGUUCCUCUACCAGAUUAUGCACAAGACCUAAAUGUGAUCGAAGAAGUGAUUCGAAUGAUGUUGGAGAUCAUCAACUCCUGCCUGACAAAUUCUCUUCAUCACAAUCCAAAUUUGGUGUAUGCACUUCUUUACAAACGAGAUCUCUUUGAACAAUUUCGAACACAUCCUUCAUUUCAGGAUAUCAUGCAAAAUAUUGAUCUGGUGAUCACCUUCUUUAGCUCGAGGUUGCUACAAGCUGGAGCUGAGCUGUCAGUGGAACGGGUUCUGGAAAUCAUCAAGCAAGGGGUCGUCGCACUGCCCAAGGACAGGCUGAGGAAAUUUCCAGAACUGAAAUUCAAAUAUGUGGAAGAGGAGCAGCCCGAGGAGUUUUUUAUCCCCUAUGUCUGGUCCCUGGUGUACAACUCAGCGGUAGGCCUGUACUGGAACCCUCAGGACAUCCAGCUGUUCACCAUGGAUUCCGACUGAGGACGGGACGCCGUCUCCCACCCUGACCCCCUCCAGCCAAGCAACCCUUCUAGUUAUUUUCUUUCUGGGGAACAGAGGUAGACAGAUUCCCUGGUGCGUCUUCUAUUAAAGAGGAUCACGCCGUCGUGUUUUCCUUGCACACUUGGGUUUGAAGAAUUGGUGCCAGUUGGCAGUAGAUCACUCAGUUUAGAUUAUAGUGCAAAAAAGAGGAGGGGAGUUACACAACAAUAAUAAAUGUAGAAGCCUGCUAUU